CGAAAACAAGAUUAAAUUAAAACGGAAAAGGUUUCCUGUGGCAUUUUCUGGAUCAUUCCAUCAUAUUUAAAUACCUAAAUACGUUUAAAAUGUAUUUGAAGGUGCCAUAUUUUGUUGUUUCAUUAAUAGUUUGCUUAGAAUCCAUUCAUUGUGCAAUUGUGUCCAUUUCUGAAACUACUGAUUCAUCAAGGGCAGUUGCGACAACUGUAAAAAUUGGACCAACUUCAGAAAAAACGCCAUACGAAAAAGGUUUAGAAGAUUAUGACGAAGCGAGAGAAAAUAUGCGAAAAGCACGAGGCAUGCCCAAUUAUGAUGAUGAAAUUAUAUACCAUGACGAUCAUCAUGACCAUCAUUAUACAACACCAAAACCUAAAGAAGAACCAAAAGCGGCAGUAGAUGAUCCAUGGGAGGGUUAUUACGAUUUUAUAAUUAAUGAAGGAAGUUUCAAAUUUUGGGCUGCAUUCCAGCUUGUAACUGCCGCCCUUUUGAUUUAUUCGGCUUUCGCUGCCGUAUACUAUGCAAAAUUCAACGUAAUUACAACGGAUUACGAUUAUUAUGAUGAUUUUUAUGGAAGAGGUCGUGCCAAUACUGAAACAAGUGCAUGGUCGGGUUUGACAUCUCAAACGUUCCAGAGGAUAAUGGAUGCGUUAUCAUCAAAAAAAUUUACAUAAGUUAUGAGAUGAAAAUAAAAUGUGUUUUUC